UGAUCGGUCGUGUCGUGUGUGCCAACGAGAGACUGCACAGGUCCGUACAAAACGCCAAAAAGACCUACAGCAUGACUGUACAAAUAGAGAUAAGAUACAGAGAUACACGGCCCAACCCACGCCGGUAUGGCUCUCUUAAAGGCUGGCUCUACGACGGAUAAAGUCCAAGAACUCACAACACACACACAUCUCUCGCCGCCUGUCUGGUCUGUCUCUCAUCGCUCGCUCUCACAUAAGAACUACACACAUGGGGCAAAAGACGCAACAGAAAGGAGGGUACAUCACUGGGAGGGAGCACACACACAGCACACACUCAGUCACUUCUUCUUCGCCUUGGCGGGAGCUCCCUUUUCGACGACGUCACGGUGGUUGUCUUGGUGAUGGAAGUCGAUCAUGAUGAACCGACCCUCCACCCAACGGAGACCCACAUACGACGACGCACUCGCCAGGGCCGCCAGCGACAUCAGCGCAAUGCUGCCGACGCCUGUCCUCCUGCAGUUGUCCAGUGCAGUGCAUCCACACACAGACAGUCAGCACACAGAGUCGUCUCAUGAUACCGGCGGACUGACCUGAGCAGGGCCGAUGUGAAAGUCGCUGUGGAUGUGAGAAAGGCGAGGGCCAGCGACGCCAACUUGCCACGCCUGAUGGAUGGAUGCAUCGUCGGCAUUCAUUGUGUCUGUCAUGCACUCUGUCACUCCUUCUUUUCGACAUGACAUGCAUAGGUACCUAAUGUUCCUCAUGGCGCCCAUACAGAUGGGGCAGUGUUUGGUGUGCGAUUCAUACACGUCCUGCAGCAGAGACCGGUCGCGCUCAGCGCUGCCAAGGGCCUGCACAAGGAAAGGAAACAACAAAACGCACACACCUUACUCAAAUCAUGGUUGCUCACUCACCGAUGAGGCCUGUAGCCGUGGGUAUGUGUUGGCAUAGGUCGGGAUGAUGCCUGGGGGCGAGAACUUGUGCAGCCAUCGCCUCAGCGACCGAGUGGGGACGUCAGAGGCACUCGGUAGGAAACAGACACGGUCAUAGGGCACGCCCUCCUGCGGCGACUGGCCGCUCGCCGCACCCACAGCGGCCAUCUGGUUCAGGAUAUUCCUCUCUGCAGCAAUGAAGCAUGCACAUCAGGGUGUUUGUGUAUUGUGCUGGGGGGUGUAGGCAUAGCCUACCCUGUUGGUGCGGGAAGACCAUGUCCUGGUUAAGGAAGUAGGUCUCCCACAUGUGACGCACGAAAUGGGGGAUCACGUCAUACUUCUGAGGGAUGCUCGACGCAGCACGCAUGAACAGACGGGAACGACCUGCACACACACACACACACACACACACCCACAGAGCGACAUACACAACCCGUUUGUUUGUGUGUGCAUGCCUCUGUCCCCAUACUGACCAGGCUCUUGCGGCACACAGUAGCAUAUCAUGUAGUUGGUGCGCUCGCCCUUCUGCGUGCGGUACUCCAGCCGGCAGGGCGGCCGGAACGUGACGGUAUACGAAUCGAGGGCCCUCGACCACCCGCCCAGCACGGCCGACACGAAGCCAUCGGUCAUCGACACGUUGGACGCGAGGGCCAUGUCGAGCGGGCCCGCACUCUCACGCGACACCUUGGUGCCCUGCAGCGUGAUAGAGUUGUGAUGCGUCACUGACAAGGGGGACACACAGCAAGAGAGAGAGAGAGAUGAACGGAUAUCUGCCAGGUACGCAGCCCAGGGCCUACCAGGUACGUGUGCGGGGUCCAGGAGGUUCUCGAGUAGCGCCUCGGCGCCGUAGGGCAUGUCCCUCAUGUACAUGAAGUGGCGACCGUCAUUCCAUGUCGACUGGAAAGAAGGCAGCUCCAGCUCAUCCACUAUCGGCAGAGGCGUGGUUGCCGAUGCCUUGAGGCCCUCAGGCGAGAUGUCAAGCCAUAUCCACACGUGACCUUGGGCAACCUACACAGACAGACAGACAGACAGACAGGUGUCCUGAAUGGUUUUAUGUGUUUGGUGCUCCGUCCUCCCACCUGGCAUGGAACGGCUUGUGCGCAGGCCCUUUUGUUUUUGGUAGCGAAUUUGACAUUGGUGUUUUUUGCCUGGGGGAUGUCAAGGCAUUUGCCGUCGGGUCCGCCGAAGGCCCAGCCGUGGUAGGCACACGUGAUGGUGUGCUGGUACUUGUCCACAAUGCCCUCACUCAGCGGCGCCAGCCGGUGCGGACAGCGGUCGACAUAACACCGCCACGCAUUGCCGUCGUGCCACACACAGAACGAGCUCCCCAGCACACGAACCGCAUGGGCGUGGCCCCGGUCAGCGCUCUCAGACAACAGCACCGGGUACCACGCCCGCAACCAAUCAUAGCGCUCGGCCGCAGGUGGCCGGUCCUCGGCAGCCGACAGAUCUUCAUCGACAUGGGAAUACUCCUGAAUGAGCGGGAAGGAUGCAGCAGUGGGCACGGCCGCGUCCGCAGCGACGCUUGCAGAUAUAUCGGGCGCAGCAACAGCAUCAUCUAGCGGGGCUGCUGUGUGCCGCGAUAGCCUCAGUCGCCUUGGCGAGGGAAUGGGAAAGAGCGAUGAGUGGCCGACGAAGGCGGCAUCUGCGUGCCAUGUGCUGAGGGGCAGGGUGAGCGAGAGAAGGAGCACCGACGCCAUGGGUGCCGCAGACGAGAGGAAAGGUACUGCAAUGACUGCACUGUUGCCU